UUCUUACAUGAAAACCGUGGAAACUACUGUAGUCUCCCUAUCCUCCUCUCCUGACCACACACACUGAGCUACAAGAUCAGUGGCUGCGGCGUUAAAGACGCCAACUUUUUCGCUGAAGAAGAUCCCAAAUGGAUAUUCGGCUUCGAUUCGCUGCCGUUUCGUCAGGGUCCAUUUGGUAUAGCCCCAGAACGAGAAUCCAAAAGGACCUUAAGCCCAGCUGUUCAAGAAGAGACUCUCCCCAGCAAAAUGGUGACAAUGGCGGCGAUAGGGGUGAUAAGCUCUCAACAGAUUGGGACAAGGCGUGGGCAAGCUUCAAGAAGAGAGGGAAAAAGAACAUCUUCUCGCAGUUUUCUGACAAGUAUGUGACCUGGAAUCCUAGGCGAUCUAACUAUCCACUGUCCGAGGAAAUUGAUCCCAUUAAGAGAACAGAGAAGUCAAACCUUAUGCUAUGGACUAGCCCAACAUUCACUCUAGUAGGAGCGAUUCUCAUAGUUACAUUUCUUCUGGUCUAUACCAUUAUUUUUCCACUGAAAUGAAAUGUCUGAUGAUACAAUAUUUCUGUAGAUACAAAUAAAUCCCUGUUGUAAAGAUCUGUCAUUUGAGAGAACAGUUAUAUGGUAGAGAAUUUGUUGAAAAAUAACCUUAAUUUGUCUUCAAUUUGGAUGCUCUCAAUAAGGUAUUUUAAGGUUCA